AUGGAAUCAGACAUGCUUACUCGAGGGCUCCUCUACCUCUUCCUCAUGGUGGUGGGCGUUCCCGGUAACUCCACGGUGAUCUGGGCCUUCCUCCACUUGGGGUACUCCGAGCGUAAGCUCCUUCCGGCCGACGCCAUCGUGCUGCACCUGGCCUGUGUGAACCUCCUGGUGGUGGGGGUGCGAUGCCUGCUGGAGACCCUGGCCACCUUCCAGCUGGCCAACGUCUUUAACGACACGGGCUGCAAGGCUGUGAUCUUCAUCUACCGCACCUCGCGCUCGCUCUCCAUCUGGCUCACCUUCGUGCUCAGCGCCUUCCAGUGCCUGAGCAUCGCUCCGCCAGGCUCCAGCUGGGCCACGCUGCGGGCGCUGGUGUCCCGCUACCUGGGCUUCAUCUUCCUGGCGCUGUGGGUCCUCAACACAUCCAUGAGCUCAGCGGCCAUCGCCUUCUCGCUGGGUUCGGGGAACGGCUCGGGGCUCAUGCAGCACGGCAUCAACGUGCAGUUCUGCUUCGUGCGCUUCCCCUCGCGCCUGUCACGAGACGCCAACGGGGCGGGGCAGGUGGGCCGCGACGUGGUGCCCAUGGCGCUCAUGGCCACCGCCAGCCUGAUCAUCCUGGUCUUCCUGUACCGCCACAGCCAGCAGGUGAAGACCCUGCGAAGUGGAGGGGCCACUGCCGGUAAACGGCAGGGCUCCUCCGCAGAGCAGCGCGCGGCCAAGGCGGUGGUCGCCCUGGUGACCAUGUACGCGACGUUCUACGGGGUGGACAAUGGGCUUUGGGUAUACACCCUCACCGUGCAGAAGACAAUGGGGUCCUCUCUGACGUCCGACCUGCGCAUCUUCUUCUCCUCGCUCUACGCUGCCAUUAGCCCCAUCAUCAUCAUCAUCACCAACAGGAAGGUCAGCAAGCGGCUGAGCUGUCGGCGGGAGGACGAGAAGCCCGUGCAGAGCGCCGACACCGCUCUCUCCACCAUGUGA